CCCGCCCCCGCCCGGCCGGCCCGGCUAGCCCAGUUCUCGCGACCUGGCCCCGCCAUCCGGGCCGCGGUCCCAGGUCCCGGCCCAGCGCCAUGGAGCGGCGCUGGACCCUGGGACUCGGGCUGCUGCUGCUGCUGCUGCUCUGCGCCCCGCUGCCCCCGGGGGCGCGCGCCGAGGAAGUCACUCUAAUGGAUACUAGCAUGGCACAGGAAGAGCUGGGCUGGCUCCUGGAUCCCCCAGAGGAUGGGUGGAGUGAGGUGCAGCAGAUACUGAAUGGGACACCCCUGUACAUGUACCAGGACUGCCCUAUGCAAGAAGGCAGAGACACUGACCACUGGCUUCGCACCAAUUGGAUCUACCGGGGAGAGGAGGCCUCUCGUGUCCACGUGGAGUUGCAGUUUACCGUGCGGGACUGCAAGAGUUUCCCCGGGGAAGCAGGGCCUUUGGGCUGCAAGGAGACCUUCAACCUCCUGUACAUGGAGAGUGACCAGGACGUAGGCAUUCAGCUCCGGCGGCCCCUAUUCCAGAAGGUAACCACGGUGGCCGCCGACCAGAGCUUCACCAUCCGAGACCUUGCAUCCAGAGCCGUGAAGAUGAACGUGGAACGCUGCUCCUUGGGCCACCUGACCCGCCGAGGCCUCUACCUCGCUUUCCACAACCCGGGUGCCUGCGUGGCCCUGGUGUCCGUCCGGGUCUUCUACCAGCGCUGCCCUGAGACUGUGCAUGGCUUGGCCCAAUUCCCCGACACUCUCCCUGGACCUGGGGGGUUGGCCGAAGUGGCAGGGACCUGCCUGCCCCAUGCGCACAUCAGCCCUGGCUCCUCAGGUGCACCCCGCAUGCACUGCAGCCCCGAUGGCGAGUGGUUGGUACCGGUGGGGCGGUGCCACUGUGAGCCUGGGUAUGAGGAGGGCAGCAGCGAUGUUGAGGAAUGCCUUGCCUGCCCGAGCGGCUCCUAUCGGAGUGAUGUGGACGCACCCCAGUGUCUCAAGUGCCCCCAACAUAGCACAGCCGAGGCUGAAGGGGCCACGGAGUGUGCCUGCGAGAGUGGGCAUUACCGAGCUCCUGGGGAGGGCCCCCAUGCUGCGUGCACACGUCCCCCCUCAAUCCCCCGAAAUCUGAGCUUCUCCGUUUCAGGGACUCAGCUCUCCCUGCGCUGGGAACCCCCAGCAGACCUGGGGGAACGUGAAGAUGUCACAUACAAUGUGGAGUGUUCUCAGUGUCAGGGAGCAGCGCUGGACGGGGGGCCCUGCCAGCCCUGCGGGGCAGGUGUGAGCUUCUCUGCAGGCCCUAGCAGGCUGACUGCAUCCUCCGUGCGUGUGGAUGGCCUCGAUCCCCACGCCAACUACACCUUCAAUGUGGAAGCCCAGAAUGGAGUGUCGGGGUUGGGUGCCUCCAAGCCCGCCAGCGCCUCACUCAGCAUCAACAUGGGGUCUGCAGCAGAGUCCCUGUCAGGCUUGUCCCUGAGACUGGUGAAGAAGGCACCACGGCAGCUGGAGCUGACCUGGGCGGGGUCCCGGUCCCGCAGCCCCGGGGGGAACCUCAGCUACGAGUUGCACGUGCUGAACCAGGACGAAGAGCGGUACCAAAUGGUUCUAGAGCCCAGGGUCCUGCUGACGGAACUGCAGCCCGACACCACGUACAUCGUCAGAGUCCGCAUGGUGACCCCUCUGGGACCUGGCCCCUUCUCCGCUGACCACGAGUUUCGGACCAGCCCACCAGUUUCCAGGGUCCUGACUGGAGGCGAGAUCGUGGCCAUCAUCUUUGGGCUGCUGCUGGGUGUAGCUCUGCUGCUCGGGAUGCUGGUCUUCCGUUCCAGGAGAGCUCAGCGGCGGCGGCACCAGAGGCAGCAGAGGCAGCGAGAUCGCGUCGCUGAUGGAGACCGAGAGGACAAGCUGUGGCUGAAGCCUUACGUCGACCUCCAGGCGUAUGAAGACCCUGCCCAGGGAGCCCUGGACUUCACCCAGGAGCUCGACCCGGCCUGGCUGGUCGUGGACACCGUCAUAGGGGAAGGAGAGUUUGGGGAAGUGUAUCAGGGGUCCCUGAGACUCCCCAGCCAGGAUGGCAAGAUUGUGGCUAUUAAGACCUUGAAAGACACAUCUCCCGAAGGCCAGUGGUGGAACUUCCUUCGCGAGGCGACUAUCAUGGGCCAGUUCAACCACCCGCACAUUCUGCACCUGGAAGGCGUGGUCACAAAGAGAAAACCCAUCAUGAUCAUCACGGAGUUUAUGGAGAAUGGAGCCUUGGAUGCCUUCCUAAGGGAGCGGGAGGACCAGCUAGUGCCUGGGCAGCUGGUGGCCAUGCUGCAGGGCAUAGCAUCUGGCAUGAACUACCUCAGUGACCACAAUUAUGUCCACCGGGACCUGGCCGCCAGGAACAUCUUGGUGAGUCAGAACCUGUGCUGCAAGGUGUCUGACUUUGGCCUGACCCGCCUCCUGGACAACUUUGAUGGCACCUAUGAAACCCAGGGAGGGAAGAUCCCCAUCCGUUGGACAGCCCCCGAAGCCAUCGCCCACCGGAUCUUCACCACGGCCAGCGAUGUGUGGAGCUUUGGGAUCGUGAUGUGGGAGGUGCUCAGCUUCGGGGACAAGCCCUAUGGGGACAUGAGCAAUCAGGAGGUAAUGAAGAGCAUUGAGGAUGGGUACCGGCUGCCCCCGCCCGUGGACUGCCCUGCCCCCCUCUAUGAACUCAUGAAGAACUGCUGGGCCUACGACCGUGCCCGCCGGCCCACCUUCCACCGCCUGAAGGCACAGCUGGAACAUCUGCAUGCCAACCCCCACUCCCUGCGAACCAUUGCCAACUUUGAUCCCAGGGUGACCCUUCGCCUGCCCAGCUUGAGCGGCUCCGAUGGGAUCCCCUACCGAAGCGUGGCCGAGUGGCUGGAGUCCAUCCGAAUGAAGCGCUACAUCCUGCACUUCCGCUCCGCCGGGCUGGACACCAUGGAGUGCGUGCUGGACCUGACGGCCGAGGACCUGGUGCAGAUGGGGAUCACGCUCCCGGGCCACCAGAAGCGCAUUCUUUACAGUAUUCAGGGCUUCAAGGACUGAGCCUUCCCCUCCCCGACUCUGUCUUCAGGGAGCAAGGAUGGGCCCCAGGUCCCUUGACCUGCCAGACACAGGAUGUUGGUGCUGCUCCUGCUUGCUUCCCGAGGAACUGCCUCUGAAGCUCUCUGAAGUCUCUUUGUUUUAAAAAGGGAGGUUGGGUAGAAGUACAAAAGUGAAUUGUGGGAGUUGGGGGAGGGCUUAAUAUAUAUUAUAUACAUAUACAUAUAUAUUUUUGUAAAUAAACAGAAACUUCACCCCA